AUGGGUCAUAGACAAUCAAAGAACUCCAAAGUGGAAAAACGAAAAAGAUUUCGUUCUUUGCGUUCAAAUUCCAAUGUACAAGUUUUAACCAUUGAUGAAAGUAUUAAUGAAGCUUGGCGCUUCACCGGUAGUGGUAAACGAAUCCAUUAUGCGAAAAAUUCUAAACUACUCAAUAAUUCUAUCACCGAAGAAAUUGAAAGAUUACAGAAGCAACAUUGGUUCUAUAAACGUAUUUGGCAAAGUAAUUAUUCGGCUCCUGUUGAAGAAAAAUUAAAAGCUGGUGGUGCUAAAGUUCUUGAUAUUGGUUGUGGUCCUGGUACUUGGAUAAUCGAAAUGUCUGAAAUGUAUGAACAAUCCACGUUUACCGGUGUAGAUUUCUCUACUAUAUUUUCUCAAGAAAUGGAAUCUAUAAAUUCCAAAUUUCUUCAAGCGAAUAUACUCGAUAGUCUUCCAUUUUUAGACGAUACUUUUGAUUUUGUUCGUAUGGGUUUAUUAAUAACUGCUUUCACUGCUACUGAAUUGAAAGAAAAAGUUAUUCCCGAAAUUGUAAGGGUUACUAAGCCAGGUGGUUGGAUAGAAUUGAUGGAAAGUGAUGUACAAUAUUUUAAUGAAGGUCCUACAACUGUGCGAUUAACAAAUGCACUCACCUCGUUCAUGAACUCAAAGGGAAUAUCGGAUCCUCUUAACUCAUAUAUUCCAAAGGCCAUGGAAGAUAACGAAAAAAUACAGAAAGGUAUUCAAACGGAAGAAAAGACGUGUUUCCUUGGAAAGUGGGCUGGUGACCUUGGUAAAAUGGCUGUUGAAGAUAUCGCUAAUGGAUGGACUGCAAUUAAAGCACCAUUAUCUAAAGCAAUGAAACUAAAGUCUCAAGAAUACGAUGAAUUGGUUACAACGUUUGCCAAAGAAGUCGAACAAAACAGAACAUCUUUCAAGAACUGGCGAUUUGUUGCCCAAAAGAUUGGUUCUACGUCGACAUCUGAUAUAACUAUUACUACCACCGCUUAA